UGUGGGUUCACUGACACAUGUGCCACACCGGGGCAGGGGAACCAGCAGCUUGAUCGGCUGCGGCGGACAGAGACGUUCGGCACUCACGACCGACGGACGGACAGCUACUUGGCCGAGCGUGGACUUCCCCAGCACGGAGAGCCUGGUUGGCCAGGACCCAAUCGACUCGUAUCGUGCCGGAGAUCUGCGCCUCUGACGGGAGCGACGGUGGACUCUGUCGGGCGCCUCUGUGUUGCCAACCCGAGGCCUGGAGUAUCACCUGAUCCUCGACAAGUUUACAGCGCCGGGGCAAAGUUCUCGGUCUACGGGCAGCGCAGCCACCGCUGCUCCAGCGGAGCACCAUCUCCAAGCAGCUCUCCCUCCCCCUCCUCCGCCCCUUCCUCCACGGCCAGCUACCAGCGUCACUAUCGGCGCACAGUCAGUAGCUCUGUGCUGGGUCUCCAGGUGAGGAGGGUCCCCCCCAAUGCUCGGGGUAACACAACAAGCUGCCAUGGAUUAUUCUGUGCCAUCGUGUUGUUUUGGACUCGAGUGAACCCUCGAUGACUGUUCUUUCCGGGGACGCUGCAAGACUUCCCCAAUCCCCGCAGCGGUUAGCUUGUCAAGCACAUCGCUGCCUGAAGCCGAGGCAGUUCUAGCCGUUGGUGCCAGCUGCUCACCGCGUUUGCUGCUGACAACCGGGACAUUUAACGUGUCCGCCGAGCUGGAGGAACCCAACCUGGGUGCAUAGUGAGAUUCACCUCCAUACAUGCUGCUCGGUAGUUAGCCUACUGGUUAGCAGGUAUCGGUUUUUUGCUAGCUAGCGCGGAAGCUAACUAGCAGACGAACCCAAAUAUCGACAUUGCAAGCGGGCUAAAGCGAGCUAGCUCUCUGGCGUUGAGGAUUUGGCAGGGGGUUAGUUGAUGACGCCCACCUGUUUGGGCUGGAUUGGGUGCUAAACCCCUAUGAGUGUCUAAACGCGUCUUUCUCGGGCGACAUUUUUAGUGCAUGUGUGUGUGUGUGAGCGGCAGACAGAGAGAGAUUGAUGAGGUGAUAAGCAGGAACAUUGCAGCCUACACAGGAAGCCAGCAACAACGACGGCAACACAAACACGACCGCGGUGUGUGGAGUCUUUCUUGCGGGGGGAUGUAGACCCAGAGUCCCGACCCAUUUCCAACCUGUGGUUAUAGUUGUGCCAAAACGCGCCUGAGAGACUUGCGUGUUUUCUUGUUUGUAUGUGCGCACAAGCCGAGAUACAUCCAGGACCUCGGCGGUGGACACUUCAACCUGUCGUCCACUGUCCCCCCCCACCUGAGCCCCCUUCAUUUUGCCACCUCUCUGAGACCAAGAGAAAAGACCCGACCACACGUGUUGUUCUAACCAACGUAAGACAGCUUUUUGUUGGUUUCCAGACACGGAAGGAGCUAAGUGUUUUUUUUUCCUCUGUCGGCGUGUGUUUACACUUUAAGGGAAAAUCCCAGAAAACACAUGCUGCACUGGGGACAGACCCGCCGUGUGGACACAUUUCCGUGAGGAGGACCAGAGGAGUCCCCAGUGACCCGUGGGAUCUGACAGCUGUCCCCAGAGCCGACAUCUGGUGCACCUUCCCCUCGCUGCGAGGCAGAUUACUAAAAAGCGAGGAGGAGCUGGCCUCACAUACAGAUCUCAUCAGCUUUUCCUUGCAUUGUUUGCCACCCCCCAGAAGCCCGCAUGCAUUUUUUGACUCCCAUUCUGCACUAAAUGGGAUUACAAGAAAGGUGAUCAGGCGGGCCCCGUGACUGUCGUUUCUCACCUAACCUGUCACCCAAUGUCUCUCUCCCUGAAUUUCCCCUUUUCUUUUGCAACGAUGGCAGUUUGAGGCGAGGUGAACACACCGCAGCCGGAGACAGCGACGCGGUUCCAGUCGAUUGUCCGCCCCGCCGUCACGCACCUCGGCCCUUGAUGUUGGUCACAUCUGGCGCCGGACCCAAUUUUGUUAUUCCCUGAUACCAAACCCAUCCGCAUCUCCGGUUCUUGUAUCAGCUGUGGUCGUACCAGGGUCGAAAGAUGGCGGACCUCGAAGCGGUACUCGCCGAUGUCAGUUAUUUGAUGGCGAUGGAGAAGAGCAAGUCUACACCGGCGGCCCGGGCGAGCAAGAAGAUCAUCCUGCCCGAGCCCAGUAUUCGCAGUGUGAUGCAGAAGUACCUGGAGGAGAGAGAUGAACUGACAUUUGACAAAAUCUUCAACCAGAAAAUUGGCUUCUUACUCUUCAAGGACUUCUGCUUGAAUGAGAUUGACGAGGCCGUGCCACAGCUCAAGUUCUACGAAGAAAUUAAGGACUACGAGAAGCUGGACUCGGAGGAGGAGAGGUUGAGCCGCAGCCGGCAGAUUUACGAUGGCUAUAUCAUGAAGGAGCUCCUGUCCUGUUCACAUCCGUUCUCUAAGAAAGCAGUGGACCAUGUGCAGAGUCACUUGGCAAAGAAACAGGUUCCCCCAACUCUCUUCCAGCCAUACAUAGUGGAGAUCUGUGACAGCCUGAGAGGGAAUAUCUUCCAGAAGUUCAUUGAGAGUGAUAAGUUUACUCGCUUUUGCCAGUGGAAGAAUGUAGAGCUCAACAUUCACCUGACCAUGAAUGACUUCAGUGUGCAUCGGAUCAUCGGCAGAGGUGGCUUCGGAGAGGUGUACGGCUGCAGGAAGGCCGACACGGGGAAGAUGUAUGCCAUGAAGUGUUUGGACAAGAAGAGGAUCAAGAUGAAGCAGGGGGAGACUCUAGCGCUCAAUGAGAGAAUCAUGCUGUCAUUAGUCAGCACAGGGGACUGCCCAUUCAUCGUAUGUAUGACGUACGCCUUUCACACCCCUGACAAGCUGUGCUUCAUCCUGGACCUCAUGAACGGGGGCGACCUGCACUACCAUCUGUCUCAGCACGGCGUGUUCAGUGAGAAAGAGAUGCGUUUCUACGCGGCUGAAAUCAUCCUGGGUCUUGAACACAUGCACAACCGAUUCGUUGUCUACAGAGACCUGAAGCCAGCCAAUAUUCUACUGGAUGAACACGGCCAUGUUCGUAUCUCCGACCUCGGCCUGGCCUGCGACUUCUCCAAGAGGAAACCCCACGCCAGUGUCGGUACUCAUGGUUACAUGGCUCCAGAGGUUCUUCAGAAGGGGACGGCGUACGACAGCAGCGCCGACUGGUUCUCCUUAGGCUGCAUGCUCUUCAAACUCCUCCGAGGGCACAGUCCAUUCAGACAGCACAAGACCAAAGACAAGCAUGAGAUUGACCGCAUGACCCUCACCAUGAAUGUGGAGCUGCCAGACUCUUUCACUGCAGAGCUCAAAGAUUUGCUGGAGGGGCUGCUGCAGAGGGAUGUGUCCAAGAGGCUCGGCUGCCAGGGCCGAGGAGCCCCUGAGGUGAAGGAGCAUCAGUUUUUCAAAGGCAUUGACUGGCAGCAGGUGUACCUCCAGAAGUACUCUCCCCCGCUAAUCCCCCCGAGGGGUGAGGUGAACGCCGCAGAUGCUUUUGACAUAGGCUCUUUUGAUGAAGAGGAUACCAAGGGCAUCAAGUUGCUGGACAGUGACCAGGAGCUGUACAAGAACUUUCCUCUGGUCAUUUCGGAGCGCUGGCAGCAGGAGGUGGCAGAGACGGUCUACGAGGCCGUCAACUCGGACACAGACAAGAGCGAGGCUCGCAAGAGGGCUAAGAACAAGCAGCUGGGCCACGAGGAGGACUACGCCCUGGGUAAAGAUUGCAUAAUGCAUGGCUACAUGUUGAAGCUGGGGAACCCGUUCCUAACUCAGUGGCAGCGUCGAUACUUCUAUCUCUUCCCCAAUCGUGUGGAGUGGAGGGGGGAGGGCGAGUCGCGGCAAAACCUGCUGACAAUGGAGCAGAUAGUGACGGUGGAGGAAACGCAGAUUAAAGACAAGAAAUGUAUCCUGCUGCGCAUCAAAGGAGGGAAGCAGUUUGUCCUGCAGUGUGAGAGUGAUCCCGAGUUUGUGCAGUGGAAGAAAGAGCUGACUGAAGCGUUCACAGAAGCCCAGAAGCUGCUGCGUCGUGCCCCAAAAGUCAUCGGGAAAGGGCGGGCCGGAGUGGUGGAGCUCUCCAAACCUCCCCUCACGCACCGCAAUAGCAAUGGCCUGUGAAUACACACACACAUAUACACAUAUACAUAUAUAUAUACACACACACACACACACACACACACACACACACACACACAUAUAUAUAUAUAUAAAUACACAGAACACACACACACUUUCACACAAACACACUGCAUUCCACCUCCCUCCCUUCCCCCCUCCUCAUCAGCCACAUAACAUUUGCUCUGACGCCUUCCCACCGAUCGCCCACGACGCCUCGCAGUGUGUCAGCGGAGCAUGCCCACCAGCCUCUUGCAGAACACACACUUUCAACAUGAUGACCAAUCAUGAGCACGAUAUAGUUUUUUUUCCGCCAUGGGACCUUGCCAGUCAUGGAGAGGAAGAAAGGACCAGGCAAGGAGAGAGACGACAUUAAGGAGGACUCUGCACAUGAAGAAUCUUUGCAUUAAAGUGGAUGUAACGCUCCUCUCUUUCCCUUUAUCACUCCCCUCCCCUUGUCCCCCCACCACUACCCACCUUGCUAUGUUUGAAUCAGGUGAAUUCGUAACCAGUAGCCUGGCAGACUCCUCGAAAAACCCAAGGAGCUAAAGCUCUGAUUACUGUCGCUCAGAUGAGAUGAGACCAGGCUUUACUGGGGGAUGUAUUUCUGCGAAAGAGAGAUAAAGGCUGCUCCACUGGUUCUUCUCACCCCUCCCUCUAACCAUUUCUCUCUGCAUUAUUACAUUAAGUGCAUAAAGUGCCAACAUCAAUAUUUACUUGAGUCAACUGAGCACCCAGAAGGACCUGCUCUGUGGCAGAUGCCCAGACACACAGAGGAGGGGGGUUUUCUGCAGUAGUGGGGAUGGUUGAUCAUUCCAGUGCAGAAAACCGGAAGUACAAGGACCACAGACUCUUUCAGAGUGGCUCUUGUACAGCCAGUUACCAUAGAGACUGAUAUUUCAUUGGCUGACAAACUGCAGCCGGUUGCUAUGGGAACCAUGAAGACUGGUAUACAUGGGAAUUGGUAACCACAGCGAACGGUAUAACUAUUGUGUAUGAAGGGUACACUUGCAGAGAAAGAGAUGAUAGCGAAUGUAGGGGAGGGAGGGGCGGAGGAAGAGAGGAAGAGUGUAUAUAAACAACCCUUUCUCUGUGCAUCUCCAGUGUUCUAGUCUAAUGUGUUUGCAUUAUCGGGGACUUCUGUGUCUGCCUGUUUGUGAAUCUGUCCUGCCUUUUAGGGAAGAGGAAGAGGCUUUUUUUCUUCCUGGGAGGGGGAGGUUGGGCGGGGGAGGGAGGUUGGGAACAGGCAGAAGCGUGACAGCUUUCAGUCACUGGCGUGGCUGCAUUAGCUCAGUUGGAUUGUGUGUGUUUGAAUAUGAGGAGGGGAAAUCCUCUUUAGGGUCAAACAACACGCUCUGUGUUGGUGUACAGCAGCGUGCGCCUUGUAUCUCCAUCUCAGCGGCAAGUGGAAGUAACUGAAGGUGUGGUUGCAGCGAGGGAAAUAAAGAGGAAGAUCUGAAACUAAUUAAAGGAGUAAUCCACCUUCAAACAGACCAAACACAAUGAUGUUAGCGGCAUUUCAGGUUGUUGCUUUUUUUUUUUUUUUUUUUUUUUUCUUCUUUUCUUGAUAGCUAGUUCAUGCGCCGAUUCCUUCAACCUGCCUCAUCUUCAUAUAUUCCUGUAUUGGUCGAAUUGGCCUACAUUUUCCCUAAAUGCCUGUGGACAGCAGCUAGUCGCUUGUCCUUCUACAUGUUAAGAGCAGAGGGAAAAUAUCAAGAAACAUAUUGAGCUGGUCUGUGAAUUAAUCUGCCCUUCCUUUUCUAUAUCUAUAUUUAAUGGUUCUAUUAACUAGCAAAUUCCUGUUAUAAUACCUCACAAUCUGGUGAGAUGUAUUCAUAAAUCCCCAGAAAUAAUGUUUACAAUCACAUGUGACAAAAAAGGCAUAAAAUCUGGAGUUUACGGUCCAUAUUCUAAGAAAAGGGAGCAUCCACCACACCAGUGUUUCUCUAUAGCCAGGAAGGUGAAGGUGAAGGUGAAGGUAAAGCUCCUGCUGUGUGACUCAGAAACAAAAGUCGACGUGACUUCGCUGUUGCAAAGAGCUUAAAUCGCAGCUCUGACCAUAACGGAUGCAUGUUAGUGUGACACAUCAACAGCAGCAGUGUUUCAGGCUGGACUUUUCCUCUGUCUUUCUCUAUGAUCCUUCUAAUUAUCGGGAGCUUUCAUGGUAUCACCCGCAUUGUCGUCGACCUCAUUGAAGUUUGUAGGCGGAGGGCAGCAACGCGCACAAUCGUAGUGCUGAAGAACACACAGCAGAGCAGUGGGAACAGGAACUAGUGUCUUUAUAAAUUUCAGGGUUAUAAUUUGUCUUCAUGCAGUACAGUGUCCUUGUCUGUAAUGUCCAUGCAUUUCCACAGCUGUGAUGUAUGACCUGCAGUAGGAAAAGGGUUGAUUAAGGGUGCAUUGUGAUUAUUACAUUUUUUUCUUUGUAGCAUUUACCAGUCAGGGGGAGAUCUUAUAGAGAAAUGUUGUCACCUCUCAAGGUGUCUUUUAUUUUUGUAAACCAAAAUGGUUUUUAUUGUUUUCAUUGAAAUGUAUGUUGUUGCACCUUUUUAGCCCAAUGUGUUACUUAAUAGUUGUUAAAUGUGCCAAAUAACUGUUGCUGAUUGAGUGGAACCAAUGGGAAGCCUUGUUUUCUCAACUUUUGACCCUUCUCACAAUAGACAUGGCAGAGGUGUAGAUGAAAAGUAAAAAAUUAAAAACACAUAAAUACACACACACACAUAAACUUUGCGGUGGGAUUUUUGAAGGGUACAAAACUGUGACCAAACAUUAUCUGGAGAAGAGUGUUUUUUUUGUGUUUGUACGCUUUUUGGCUUUCUACCAUGUUGCCAUUGGGACACGCUCACACAACACAACACACACAUUGUCCAGCUCUACUCCCAACUUCCUCCUGAAGAGUUUUCUUUCACACUGUAUGUAUAACAUGUGAGUGUAAGAGCAUACCUGUGCGUCAUAAUCGCUUAUAUGUACAUCCGGUGUUUUUUUUUGUUUUUUUUUCUUGUCAUACACAGAUUCUCAGCACACGCUAACACACACAAGUCAAUUUAAAAAGGUUGGCAUAUAGGUGAAAAAAAAUCAAAGUAUAUAUAAAUAUAUGUGUAUAUGAAAUGACAAAAUGCUCUAGGUUUAUUUAAAAGAUUUAAUGUAGAAAACAAAAUGAACUUGUUCAGGGGAGGUCGUUUUUUUUUUUUUUUUUUGAUGUGAGUAUAAUUGUUUGUGGUGAAGACUUCAGCUUGAAUCUUGCACAUAAAGACUUUAGAUAUUGUACCUGCGAGUUCCAGAUGAUUAUUUUUGUUUGAAUACCGGACUCUUUGCUCUUUCAUAUUUAUUGAGUGUGUGGGGCGCUCUCUCUCCUCCACAUGUUGGAGCUCUCUGCCGAGAGCUCGCUCUAGAAAUCCUCUGAUUUGCGCCCAUCAGAAACUCUUUGUUUUGUUUUUCGUAUGCCACAGACAAACACAAAUACUACUGGCUUUGGGUUGUUAUUAUUACCAUUAAGGUUAUGAUAAUACUGAUAUAUAAUUGAGAAUAUUAUUCAAUGAUUAUUAGUAAAUUUAUUUGAUUUCAUAAUUUUUUUUUUUUUGCGACAGAUAGGAAGUUGCGUGUUGGACUGCUUGUAAAAACAGUUCAUGAAUAAAAAUACUUUUUCCGUGUU